AUGAGCGCCGACUUUCCUCUUGGCUUCCUGUAUAGCCUGCCACACAGGCCAAAGACAAAGUCGCUCGGUGAUCACAUCGCAGAACACGUCACGGACAAUGGCAGGAUCACGACACUCAUCGACUGUCUCCCUUCUACAUCCAGUCCAGCUCUCUGGUCACCAGAUCUGUCUCGCCCACCGCUGGAACACCGCCACAUCAAAUCCUUCGUCUCCAACUUCAUUCUCCCAUGUUCCUCUGGCAGUGCACCCCUUGGCCCGAACGAUCGCGUCAUGAUGGCGCUGCCGACAGGGCCCGAGAACGCGCUCGCGCUCCUCUCUGUCGCCGCCUACCACACAUGUGCACCCGUCAACGCCAGCUGCACCGCUGGCGAACUGCGUGAUGAUGCCGUUCGCCUGCGUGCGCGAGCCGUCGUCACCACCAGAGACGCCGUGGAUCGGCUCGAGUUGCACGCCUUGCGCGAACAGGACAAUAUGGAGAUCAUCUUUGUCGAGCCUCGCACCUCGGGCCCUGCCGGUCUCUUUGAUAUGCACGUGCUCGGCCAAAAGGGCAUCGCAUCUACUGCCGGUCGUCGUCCCUCGGCACCUCACGGCCUCGAACACCAGAGUCUUGUCCUCCAUACCUCGGGUACCUCGGGAAAGAAAAAGGUGGUACCCUAUUCACUCCGCCACCUCAUCGUCGGUACCUGCUGUGUCGUGUACUCGUGGGACCUCCGACCAGAAAGCGUCAACAUGAACAUGAUGCCGCUCUUCCACGUCGGUGGUAUCGUCCGAAACUUGUGGUCGCCCGUGUUUUCGGCGGGCAGCGCCAUCAUGUGCGCCGGUUUCGACGCCAACGCCUGGUGGCCGCUUGCCAAGCAGCUUGGUGCCACUUGGUACUACGCAGCGCCCACCAUGCACCACGCCAUCCUCGCUUCCAAGCCCGAAGGCAUCGACGCCGCAAGGGAGACCAACAUCAAGAUGAUCGCCAACGCUGCAGGUGGUCUUUUGCCUUCGCUCGCCGUGCAGCUCAAGGAGACCUUCGCCGGAUGCGCCGUGCUCCCGUCGUACGGAAUGACGGAAUGCAUGCCCAUCGCCUCGCCGCCAACCAACUACCAACUCGACCGUCCAGGCUGCUCUGGUGUCGCCUGUGGUCCAGACCUCUCAAUCCGAGAUCCCUUCGAUAAGGAGCGCGAGUUGCCCGUCGGUCAGACCGGUGCCGUCUCCGUGCGAGGUCUACCUACCUUUUCGGGCUACGAAACAUCGCCUGACCCUUUCGAGCCUCUCGACACCUCGGCCUUCUCGAGCGAAGGUUGGUUCGACUCGGGUGACAUGGGCCACAUGGAUGCCGAUGGAUAUCUCUACAUUACCGGUCGUUCCAAAGAGAUUAUCAACAAGGGUGGUGAGGUCGUCUCACCCUUUGAAGUUGAGGAGGCCAUCACUCAGGCGUGUUCGGACCGUGUCAAGCAGUGUCUUGCUUUCUCCAUCGAGCACAACGUUCUUCAGGAGACGAUCGGUAUCGUCAUUGUGCCAGUCCCCAACCAGCCUCGCGUCGGUCUUGCCGAGCUCCACAAUAUGCUCCGAUCUCACCUGCAUCCCUCCAAAUGGCCAUUCGCGGCUGUCUACAUGGACGAUCUCCCCAAGAACCAGGCUGGAAAGCCGCUGCGUAUCAAGCUCGGCACACGUCUCGGCAUCGGACCGCUCUCGGACGACGUCCCUCCCCUGCAGCGCCACUUUGAGGCCAAGGCUCCAGGAAAAGAGGUUCCUCUUUCCGAGCCUAUCCCCUGCAACCUCGUCACCGUCGAUGUCCGAGCCGUCGAGCGCGCCUGCUACCGCAUUCCAGGUAUCAUUGAAGCUGCCGUCCGUCAGCGUCGCGACGGCUCUCCCGAAGCCUUCAUCCAGGUCGAGGAGGAUGCCGACUACGAUGCUGCCGACAUCGACCGAGCAUUGGCGCAGGUCCUCCACGGCUACGUCGUGCCCAACCCUCUCCACGUCUUCCGACAACCGUUGGCGAAGAACCACGGCCAGAUCGACUUUGAUACCAUGGAGGCCGAGGUGCGAAGGCAGAACGCUUCCAGCAUGACCCGAAGCGCUCUGAUCGUCCGCGACAUUAUCGCGCGUCUGCUCGACACGGAGGCUGGAUCCAUCACGGCAGAGUCCGACUUCUUCCUCCUCGGUGGAAACAGUCUGCUGCUCGGUCGACUCGUCCACCUCAUCCGCAAAGAGACUGGCGUGUCGCUCGAGGUGGCGACACUCUUCAACAACUCGACCAUUGCAGGCAUCGCCGACCAGAUCGACGACGAGCAAGGCCUCGACGACGAAGACGAGGACGACUUUUUCGACGGCUAUGACGACAAGGGCGCUCUCGGCGCCACGUACGCAGCGCACCGCUACGACGAAGACGAGGAUGUUGCCUUCCAGAGCCAUGGCUACAAGCCACGCAGCCAGACGCAUCCCUGGGUGCUCCUCAUCCAGGCCAUCCCUUUCCUCUUCUUUUACCCCUUCAAAGCCGCCUGGACCUGGACCGUCAUCUUGCACGGACUCGCCUUCUCUGCCUUUUACAUCCGUGACAUCUUUUGGGAGCGAGUCGGUGCGCUGCUCGCAUCCAUCGUGGUUGCCAGGCUUACCAGUCGUAUCAUCUGCCCCAUCACCGCCAUCGCGUUCAAGUGGAUCGUCAUCGGCCGCUACCGCCCGGGCAAGUAUCCGAUGUGGUGCAACUAUCAUCUGCGAUGGUGGAUCGUCAACCAGUCUCUCAAGACUGCCGGUAAAGGACUGUUUGCCCUCACGCCUGGCCUCCAGAAGACCUACUACCGCCUGCUGGGUAUGCAGAUUGGUUCCGACGUCAAGAUCGACCAGUUCGCCAAGAUUGCCGAGCACGACCUCAUCACCAUUCACGAUGGUGCCCGCAUCGACAAGUGUCUCGUCCGAGGUUUCUGCGUCGAGCGCAAUGGCUACUUCAGGCUCGAGCCCAUCAUCGUCGGUCGCGACUGUGUGGUCAAUACGUUCACCCAGAUCUCGCCCGGCGCAAGGCUGGCCGACGGCACUGUCUGGGGCCCCCAGUCGUCGUCGCACGAGGAGCCCUCGUCGGAUGCGUACGCCGCCUACAACCGCAACAACGCGCCUCAGCCGCACUGGGCGCUCAUGGUGCUGAUCGGAUGGCCCAUCAUCUUCCUCGUCCGUUUCGCCUGCUUCGUGCCCUGGUUCGCAUCUCUGUUCAUGCUCCUCUCGCAGCCGUUCGCGUUCGACCACCACGACAGCGUCAAGGGUGUCAUCGCCUGGUUCGCCUAUCCGCGUCGUAUCGGCUGGCACUACGUCGCCCGUAUCGUGCGAAACGGAAUGCCGCCGCUCAUCAACCUUGCCCUCGGCAUUCUCGUGAAGCGUCUGCUCGGCAUCAACAAGGAAGGCUCGAUGCGCAACGCCACACAGUAUGCGCUUUUCCGUCGAUGGAUGAAUCAGCAGCUUCUCUCUCAGCCUCGCGUACGUCGCGCCCUCGCCAUCCUGGGUACGCACUACGAGAUGACGUCGGUCAUCUUCCGUGCGAUGGGCGCGCGCGUCGGCAAGCGCGUCUACUGGCCAGGUUCCAGCAUCUAUUGUCCCGAUCCGGAACUGCUCGAGAUUGGCGACGACGUCGUGUUCGGAUCACGUUCAGAGGUGUUCACCUCGGACAGCAUCGGCUGGGCGCGCGUUCGCGUUGGACGCGGCGCCAUGAUUGCGGACCGUGUGGUGCUGCUUCCCGGCACCGUCAUUGGCAAGCAGUGUGUGAUGGGCUCCGGUGCCUUGGCUCGCCGCAAUGGUCACUACGAGGAGGGCAGCGUGUGGAUGGGAUGCAAGCACGGCGAAGCGGUCAGCUUCGGUAAAGCGGCCGCCGAGAAGAGCGAAGGGCUCACCAGCGAUGGCAGCGAGGAAACUAUUACACCUUUCGGACGAGCCUUCUACAAGCGACAGGCCAACUUCUUCGUCUUCCCGUACCUGUUGCUGGUGGUGAUCAACGUGGGCAUGACCAUCUUUUCAUCGGCGUACUGGGCAUCGGCGGCGGUGGGCACAGUGCUGGUGCUCAACGUGCUGCGCAAGCACUUUGAAUACUCGUCGAUCGGGUUCCUGUUUGACGACCACUGGUGGCGUCCCGGACUGAUCUACGGCGUGAUCGCCAUCCUGUUUGUGGUGAUCCUCACCAUCCAGGCUUUGCUGGCAUUCAUGUGGACCAUCGCCACCAAGUGGGCCGUCAUCGGCCGUCGUCGCGAGGGUCGCUACGAUUGGGACAAGUCGUCGUACUGCCAGCGUUGGCAGCUCCACCUGACGCUGCAGAAGCUGCUCGGACGCGGUUUUGGCGGACACAUUUACGGCAACAUUUCCGGUACUGCGUUUGCGGUUUGGUAUCUGCGAGCGCUGGGCGCCAAGAUCGGCAAAGACUGCGCCAUCUGGGCGGGCGGUAAACCGUCGCUGCAGCUGACGGAGCCCGAGCUGGUCUCGAUGGGCGAUCGGGUGAGCAUCGACGACUGCUCUGUGGUAGCACACAUCAACUCGCGAGGUCGCUUCAGCCUGAACAAGCUGCGAAUCGGCGACGGAUGUGCGAUGCGUACGGGCAGUCGUCUGCUGUCGGGAGCCAGCAUGGAGCCUCGCUCGAUGCUUCUCGAGCAUACGCUAGUGGCGUCGGGCGAGAUCGCUGAGGCUGGCGCGGUGUAUGCAGGAUGGCCCGCGAGGCAGUUGCGUGUACGAAAGGCGCAUCGUGCCGGAGGCAUCCACGGCGAAGCAUCGGCGAUGAGCAGCUCAACCAAUUUGCACAUGCCUCAACAAGCACCGCCACCUGGCUACUAUGGUCAAUGA